AUGUCGUCUCCGUCCACUGCGGCCAAACGCAAGCGCAGUGCUUCUCAACAUUUAACGGCCGACAUUGCCAAAUCAUCCACAGCCGAUCUCCUCCAACCAUCGUCUCGCGAUGCGUCCGGUGAGGAAGGAGACGACUCCGCCGAUCCGAUCACCCCGACGGCAAGCAAAAACAGGAAACAUACUUCAAUUGAUGUGACCUCGACCGGGGGUCCCAAUCCGCCUUCGAAACGGGUUCGGAAAUCGUCUUCUGGCGAGGCUCAGGCCGCCGCGUCCAACGGAACCACAGAAUACUCCUCAGCCAUCCAUCAGGAAGAUCCCGGCGAGCCAUCUGAGACCACUGUAGCUAGUAGUGACAUUGAGCAUGGGGCGACCGGUCGACCGGGGUUGCACAUCAAGACCGCCGGCGCCAAUGCAGAAACGAGAGAGCGUCUGAUGAAACCGCCCGAGAGAGCUGGGCUGCAGCAUCCCGUUGGGUACCACACCAAUCCACCUCCGACGGGGCGACCGGUUCGUGUCUAUGCGGAUGGUGUUUUCGAUUUGUUUCACGUGGGACACAUGCGACAGCUGGAACAAGCAAAAAAGGCUUUUCCUGACGUGUAUCUCAUUGUCGGCGUGACCGGAGACGAAGAGACUCACAAGCGCAAGGGACUUACCGUGCUCAGCGGUCGGGAGCGUGCAGAGAGCGUCCGCCAUUGCAAAUGGGUGGACGAGGUGAUCCCUGACUGUCCCUGGAUCGUGACUCCGGAGUUCAUUGAGGAGCAUCAGAUCGAUUACGUUGCUCACGAUGACCUGCCUUAUGGGGCUGCGGAAGGAGACGACAUUUAUGCACCGAUCAAGGCUCAGGGAAAGUUCCUGGUUACGCAGAGAACUGAGGGUGUCAGCACAACGGGCAUUAUCACCAGAAUUGUCCGCGACUACGACCAGUACAUUGCCCGUCAAUUCAAGCGAGGUGCCUCGAGACAGGAGUUGAACGUGUCAUGGAUCAAGAAGAAUGAAUUGGAGAUCAAGCGACAUGUCAUUGAGCUUCGAGACAACAUUCGCAACAAUUGGACCGCCACUGGCCAGGAACUGGGCCGUGAAUUGCGGCAGUUAUGGCAAAACAGCCGGCCUGGCAGUCCUGCCCCGAGCGCCCGGAACAGCAUGGACCUGGGCAGUGUGCGUGGUGGUAAUGGUGGGCUGACCAGUCCUACUGGUGGCCAGAAAUCACAUGUGUCACGACUAGAAGCAUUGGGUCGUCCUGACAGUCCAGUCGGAACAAACGGGAGAAACGAAGAUUUUGCGACGGGCUACAGUUUGGGCUUGAUCGGCGGUGUGCGAGCAUGGAUGAUGCGCAGCCGACGAUCGCUCAUGGAGAGCCGGCCUCACUCGCCCACGAGCGAGGACGAUCCUGAGCCCGAGUUAGAAGCGACCAACGGCCAUACUGAUUCCGAUAGAUCUUUGCACGCAUCGUCGUAA